GCCUUUUUCUCAAUGAAGCCUUCACUGUCAAUUUUUCGCGAAGUCCUGUAUCAUCUUCCUCCUACAAUUGCGCGUCUUCAACGCGAAGCCAUAAACCCCGACGCGACAUUGGCAGUAAAUGGGUUCAUCAAAUCCAUACGGCGCCAGAAACGAGUGUCUUUCGCCGUCCUCAGUGAUGGGAGUCAUGCUCAAGGCAUACAGGCGGUAUUUCUUGAUACCUCCUUAACAGACGGACUAACGAACGGGACGAGUGUGCGCCUCACUGGCAAAAUUAAGGACAGUCCUGGGCAGAAACAGGAUAGGGAACUCUUGGUCGACGCUGUAGAGAUCCUUGGCGGAUGUGAUCCUGAGACUUAUCCCAUACAAAAGCAGACCCUUUCUACAGAAUAUCUACGCGAAAACAUGCAUCUGCGUGCACGGACAGAUAAUGUCAGCGCUAUGCUAAGGUUACGUAGCCGUCUCAUGCACUCUGUAAUGAACUACUUCAAUACCCAAGGAUUCUACUUCACCCACACACCCAUACUUACUGGCAAUGAUGCCGAGGGAGCCGGAGAAACUUUUCGUCUAGCUCAGUUCGCAGAUCCACAACUUGACAGGCCAAACCAGACCUCGGAAUUCUUUGGUCAUCCUGCUCAUCUUACAGUGUCCUCACAGCUUCAUCUUGAAGCGCUAGCUUCGGGACUGUCUCGUGUAUACACACUCUCCCCUUGUUUUCGCGCCGAACGAUCGCAGACUAACCGACAUUUGGCGGAGUUCUGGAUGCUGGAAGCCGAGUGGAUGGACGUCAACCGAGAGGGCGUUCAAGGAAUCUGUGGGCUCGUGGAGGAUAGUUUAAAAUCCUACGCAUCUGAUGUAAUCGGCGGUCAAGAUGUCGAGGUCCUCUGGAAGGACGUAGAUGAAGUACGGAGAAAGACCUUGGAGAAUUCACUCUCCGGAACAUGGGCUAGAAUGACAUACGGAGAUGCCGUAAAGGCUCUCCAGGACGCCAAAAAUGUCACAUUCGAAUUCGAACCCCAAUGGGGGUGCACGCUUCAGAGCGAGCAUGAGAAAUGGCUUUCUGAAAUCUUCAUUGGGGGACCUGUGUUCAUCACAGAUUAUCCAAGGGACCUAAAGCCCUUCUACAUGCGAGCGAAUGAGGAUGGCGAGACAGUAGGGCUGCUUCGACCUGAUAGCUCGGUCAGGGAAGAAAGGAUGGACGUACUGGAGUCCAAAAUGAGGAAAAAUGGUCUGGGAUUGGGAAAGCAUGAAUAUGGAUGGUACGCCGACCUUCGACGAUAUGGUGGCUCGCCCCACGUAGGUUUCGGUAUGGGAUUUGAACGGCUGGUAGCCUGGUUGGGAGGGAUUGACAACGUCAGAGAAUGUGUACCUAUGCCCAGAUGGGCGUCUAAAAUGUUGCUAUAG